AUACAACUGUAAAUGCAUCACCACGCGCUGCUUAUUCUGUGUCUAAGCGCUGUAAAUCUCACACCAGGACUUAAAAUAGACAUUGCUACCAUGGUUUCUUUGUCGUAUUGGUUUACAUUUGCCGGUUUGCUGAUUAUGACAUUGAAGAUCACACUUAUUAUGUGUCAAAAAGACAUGAGGACCAUGAAGGCUAAACUCUGUGACGUACAUGAAAAUGUAACCACGCAGACGAGGGAGGUUGACUGCCAUGGACUUGGACUCCGAGCGAUGCCAUUUUUCACAAAAAAUACAACCAGCAUUAACCUAUCGGAGAACAAGAUCAAUAAUUUAACCUUUGGAGAUUUUAAGGACCUCAAAAAUCUGACCGAUCUAAAUCUGAACUGGAUGAACAUGAAUCGGGAGGUUAUUGUUGCCGUUGGGGUAUUUUCGAAUUUGACCAAGCUUCAAACGUUAUUGCUCAGUGGAAUGGCCCUGAGUUAUGUACCAAAAGAACUUCCAAAGAGUUUGCGUGAACUAAAGCUGGUGGAGAACAAAAUCAUCUCGCUAAACGCAACAACCUUCUUGCAUGUGAAAAAUCUGACAAGUCUUUACCUUUCAAAAAACUGCUACUACUGGAAACCUUGCUUGAGGGAUUAUUAUAUUGAAAAUGGAAGUUUUUCCAUGCUAGCCAAUUUGCAACAUCUCACUUUGUCUUACAAUAACUUAACUCAUGUCCCUCGAGGACUACCUGCCACCUUGCAGAAACUGGAACUUGCUUCAAACAGAAUAGCACACAUCGGAGAGCAUGAUUUCCAAGGACUCAGCAAUCUGAUAAGUCUAAAUAUCCAAGGAAACUGUCCGAGGUGCUACAAUGCUCCAUAUCCCUGCGUUUCUUGUAAAAAAAAUGCCAUUGUAAUUCAUCCAGAAGCUUUUGCUAACCUUGGAGAACUCCAGAUACUGAACCUCGCAGGAAAUUCAAUCAUUCAAAUUCUUCCUGACUGGUUUCGAAGCAUCUCAAAGCUCGAAGAGCUCUAUCUUUCUUACAACUUCUUGUCAAAGGCUGUUGCUGAACAUGGUUUCUUGAGUAAUCUACCACUUCUGAAGAAACUCGACCUCUCAUUUAAUUACGAUCUCCAGAGUUAUCCUGAUACUGUGAAGCUAUCACCCAGUUUCUCGAACUUAACCUCGUUGAAGACGUUGCACAUUCAGGGUUUGGUGUUUCAAGAAAUCCGAGCAGAUUCCUUCAGAUCUCUGUAUGGCUUACAAAACCUGUCGGUGUUGGAUGUAGGCAUCAAUUUCAUCGUCCACGCAAAAUCAAACAUAUUUGAAAAACUACAAAAUUUAAAACUACUCUAUCUCUCCGAAAACAGACUUUACCCGGUGACGGUAGACAAGCAUGUGAUUACAGACUCAGGCGAAGAUUUAAAAUCUUCAUUCGCAAUGCCCUCGAUGUCAGAACCCCAUCAAAUGGAGCAUUCUUAUGAGAUUCCAAAAAAUCUCGUAAAACCAGAGUGCUAUGCCAUGGGACGAGUGUUGGAUCUGAGCCGAAAUAAUCUGUUCUUCAUUUCUCCUAAACAGUUUGAGGGAUACGGGAACAUAUCUUGCCUCAACCUCUCUGGAAACGGCUUUGCCGCUGCCCCAAAUGGAACGGAAUUCACGUUACUUCCGGGACUCAAAUAUCUGGACUUGUCCUUCAACAAAAUUGAUCUGGCAUAUGACUACGCCUUCACAGAGUUGCAAAGUCUGGAAGUUCUGGACCUGAGCUACAACCCCCAUUAUUUCACUGUAUCAGGGGUGACACACAAUUUGAACUUCCUCAAACAUUUGCCCUCUUUGAAAGUUUUGAACAUGAGUUACAAUAGCAUCAACACAUUAACCACCAAAGCGAUGUCCAGUCAGUCUCUUCAAGAGCUGCAAUUCCAGUACAACAGUCUUGGCAAGUUAUGGCGGGAAAAAGAUAAAACAUACGACAAGCUUUUCCAGAACCUCACCAAUUUGACCUAUCUGGACAUAUCCUACAACCUAAUUGACAAAAUCCCACUUCGUGUUUAUACGUACCUGCCCGAAACCAUCCAGAAACUUCGAUUAAGUCACAAUACUCUCACAAAUGUGAACUGGACAUCGUUGAGACGUUUUAAAGAUCUCAGGGAGCUCAUUUUAAGCAACAAUAACAUCCUUUCCAUAUCUAGCAGUUUGUCCAAAGACCUUCCUUCAUUGCAGUUCCUCGAUCUUCGAAACAAUAGUAUAUCCGAGCUCUCCAUUGGGUUUCUAAAUGGAGCGGUGAAUCUCGGAGCAUUGGAUCUCAGUCACAACAGACUGAUAACCAUCAACCAGUCCACAUUUCCAUCCGAGAACGAGAGAUACCUGAAGACGCUUUGGCUCAAUGAAAACCCCUUCCACUGCACGUGUGACCUACUGGAAUUCGUGUUGUGGAUUUACAACACCAAUGUGAAAAUCCCAAAACUGGUGACGUCCGUCAAAUGCGACAUGCCUGAGGAGAGACAUGAUAAACCAGUGAUAGACUUUGAUAUUAAAGAAUGCAUUGAUGACCAAUUGGCUUUUCUGGCCUACUUCUUCUCGACUGUGAUUAUUUUGUGCACCACUAUCGUGGCUGUCGCCAUGCAUAUGUUCUACUGGGAUGUCUCCUACAUAUUCUACUAUUUGAAAGCCAGAUUCACUGGGUAUCAAUACCUGAGCUCUAACAGUUGCGUUUACGACGCCUUUGUCACGUAUGACACCAAGGAUCCGCAAGUGUCGGAUUGGGUACUCAACCACUUGCGAGUGCAACUGGAGGAUCAAGGUGAGGGCUUCCUACCCAUUUGCCUGGAGGAACGGGACUGGAUCCCUGGUUCUCCCGUCUUGGACAGUCUGAAUCAAAGCAUCCAGCACAGCCGUAAGACCGUCUUCGUACUGACGAAGGGCUACGUCAACAGUGGCUCCUUUAAGCUGGCGGUCUUCCUGGCUCACCAACGGUUACUUGAAGAUAAUGAGGAUGUAAUUGUGCUGCUGCUUCUGGAGCCCGUGUUGCAGCACUCGCAAUUCUUGCGCCUGCGCAGACAGCUGUGCAGCCGCAGCAUUCUUGAGUGGCCUCACUCGCCAUCGGCUGAAUCUUGGUUCUGGCAAUCGCUGCGGAAUGCCAUACGAGUGGACAACCAGGCGAUGUACAGUGAUCUUUACAGCAGAUAUUUCACCACUAAGUAGAAAGUAUCAUUGUAAAGGUGUUAAUGGAAAGGAGGAGGUGAGAGCCGGCUUGACAAUAUAAAUAAUAUUUUAAUGUAGAACUAAACAAAAAGACAAACACACAAAGGUGUCGGACAGCUGCCUGUAAAUAUCUCUCUCUCUCUCUCGCACUGCAGUCUCCAGUCGGCCUUUAUCUCUCUUGAGGGCUAAUUAGCCUGAUUAGGGGCCGGGUGUGCGGAAUCAUGACCCCGUCCUCCGCCCUCCACCCUGCCACAUUCCUCCCUCGUUCUCUCAGGCCGGGGAGCCCCCAGCAUGACAGUCCUCCAGCCCCUGGUGGACGGAAUGCCCCGCUGCGUUUUUUGGUGGAUGGUAGGGGUCUCCCCCGCCCCUGGCAGCGGUAACCGCUCCAGGCGGUUGGUUGGGUGCCCCUCCUGCCCUCGCGGCCGGCCGUGUUCCUCUGUCCCCCGCGGAUGGGCGCGGCGGCUCCGUUGGGGUGGAUGGUAGCGGCGAGAACUCCACUACGGCACAUCAGGAUGAGAUCCUUCCCAGGUUUCAGCACCAGUGUAAAGGCCCUCCGCCCUGUCACAAUCAUAAAACUGUGGGGAUGUUAAUAUAAUGGCUUUAUAACCUCAAUCUUAACCAUAGGAAAUACAAAUUACAAAUAAGAUCUCUUUAAUAUCUUGUUUUUGUUUUUUCUCCAAGACAGUGUGAGAGCAAAUGGACACUCUUUAAGUUACUCAGCCUCAUUUUGUUCCAAGCCCGUAUGAUUUUAUGAAGAUGCAUUGCUUUUUUUGUCCAUACAAUGAAAGUGAAUGGUGACUGAUGCUAACAUUCUGCAUAACAUCUCCUUUUGUGUUCCAAUGAAGAAAGACAUACGGGUUUGGAGCUAAAUGAGAGUGAGUGAAUGAUAAUAGAGUAUUUAUUUAUUAAUGAAUCUUUCCCUUUUAUUAUUAUUUACAAUUUAUUUUUGUAUAUGAUCACUUGUAAAAAUCAAAUGUAAAAUAAAUUUAUGAAAAAAUAAAUGAUUUAA